AUGUUUGUCCUGAAUUCAAAUGUAAGCUUUAUAACAAUAUCAAAGCUUGCAGUUCUCAACAAUCGUCACGCAUAUUUUUUGCUGGUGGACAACGGUUCUGUCGGUAGAUACGGUGCUGAAAUUGUACUAAGGAGAAAGCUAGAGAAAUACAUCGCUGCUCAGAAACUCCAUCCUUACACUCAUUCAUCAACUCCCGUCGUAUGUUUGGUGAUAGAAGGCGGUACGAACACGGUACGCGCAGUACUUGAAUACGUUACUGACACACCACCAGUACCAGUGGUGGUGUGUGAUGGUAGCGGGCGAGCAGCUGAUCUCAUCGCAUUUGUUCACAAGUACGCUUCAGAAACGGGUGAGCAAACAGUCUUGGAAUCUAUGCGUGAUUAUCUCAUCGGAACCAUUCAAAAGACCUUCGAAGUGGGGUUGCAACAAGCGGAGUGUCUGUACAGUGAGCUACUGCAGUGUACGAGGAAGAAAAACCUGAUCACAGUGUUCCGUAUACAAGAGCGCGCUGAAGGCGGUGAGGUGCAGGAGUUGGAUCAGGUGAUAUUGACAGCACUCUUCAGAGCUCAACACCUCUCCCCAAGUGAACAAUUGUCUCUGGCUCUCACCUGGAACAGAGUGGACAUUGCGCGUUCGGAAAUCUUUGUCUAUGGACAGGAAUGGCCACGAGGUGCCCUCGACGAAGCUAUGAUGCAGGCGUUGGAGCACGAUAGAAUAGACUUCGUAAAGCUUCUCUUGGAGAACGGAGUGUCUAUGAGAAAGUUCCUAACUAUACCUCGACUUGAGGAGCUUUACAAUACCAAGAGUGGACCCAGCAAUACACUGCGGUAUAUCUUGAGGGACGUUCGACCUCACCUUCCGAGGGGCUACAUCCACACGCUGCAUGAUAUUGGACUUGUUAUCAAUAAACUUAUGGGGGGCGCUUACAGAUGCUACUACACUCGCCGUAAGUUCCGCCCGAUUUAUGCGAAGGUGAUGAACAAGAGUGUAAACGUUCACCGAAACAGCGCUUCCUUCACCCGCCACAACGCUGGUGGGCUCUCUCUCAUCACCGGUUUCAUGCCGGUUACUACUGAAAUGGCACUCUUCGAUUAUCCAUUUAACGAGCUUUUGAUGUGGGCGGUAUUAACUAAGCGACACCAGAUGGCGCUAUUGAUGUGGACGCACGGCGAGGAAGCGUUAGCCAAGUCACUGGUGGCUUGCAAACUAUACAAAGCCAUGGCUCACGAAGCGGCUGAAGAUGAUAUGGAAACGGAGGUUUAUGAAGAACUUCGGCAUUAUGGCAAAGAGUUUGAAACUAAGGCCCUUGAAUUAUUGGACUACUGUUACCGACAAGACGACGAUCAAGCUCAGCAAUUGCUUACAUGCGAACUCCAGAACUGGUCAGGACAGACCUGCCUCAGUCUGGCAGUCGCUGCCAACCACAGAGCCCUCUUAGCGCACCCUUGCUCUCAGAUAAUACUCGCAGAUCUAUGGAUGGGGGGCCUACGAACGCGAAAGAACACCAACUUGAAGGUAAUACUGAGUCUGCUGUGCCCCCUCUACAUCCUUCAACUGGAGUUCAAGUCUAAAGAGGAGUUGCAGCUGAUGCCGCAGACGGAAGAGGAGCAUUUAGAGAACGAGAGCAUGGAGGACGAUAGGAGCACCAAGGAUCCGAAUGAUGCUGAGGCGUUGAUUGGCUCAGGGGCCGAAUGCGAGACUCGAGUAGACCAAAAUGGAAAAGUUGGCAAAAUAGGCUGGGAACUAUCUUACAGAGAGCUGCCUGAGUACCACGCGCCGGAAGACAAGAGGAUGAGACCUUUGAGACUGAGGAAGAAGAUCUACGAAUUCUUCACUGCGCCUAUCACCAAGUUCUGGGCUGAUUCGAUCGCAUACAUAUUGUUCCUACUGAUGUUUACGUAUACAGUAUUAGUCAAGAUGAACCCAACACCGUCUUGGCCCGAAAUAUAUUCUAUUUGUUAUAUUAUAACUUUCUUGUGUGAGAAAGUUAGGGAAAUUAUUACGUCCGAACCUGUUGCUAUUAGACAUAAGUUCAGCGUGUGGGCGUGGAACAUGUGGAACACGUACGACGCUGGUUUUAUAAUAUUUUUCCUGGUUGGCCUGACGCUGCGCUUACGACCCAGCUCGAUGGACGUCGGUCGGGUCAUAUAUUGCGUAGACAUUAUUUAUUGGUAUUUAAGGAUAUUGAAUAUAUUGGGUGUUAAUAAAUACUUAGGUCCUCUAGUCACGAUGAUGGGUAAAAUGGUGAAGAAUAUGAUAUAUUUCGUGGUGCUAUUACUAGUCGUAUUAAUGUCGUUUGGUGUCGCACGACAGGCCAUUUUGUAUCCAGAUAAAGAAGCUAGCUGGUAUUUAAUAAGAGAAAUUUUCUUCCAACCCUACUUCAUGUUGUAUGGCGAAGUCUUCGCACCAGACAUCGACCCUCCAUGCGGCAUGGAUGUCAGUGAUAGCAAGUGUGUCACCGGCCGUUGGAUCACUCCAAUUGCGAUGACCAUCUACCUACUCGUCGCCAAUAUCUUGCUUAUAAAUCUACUCAUUGCCGUUUUCAAUAAUAUCUUUAACGAAGUCAAUGAAGUCUCGCAUCAGGUGUGGAUGUUCCAAAGAUUUACAGUGGUUAUGGAAUACGAACAAAAGCCAGUAUUACCGCCUCCCUUAAUAAUUUUCUGUCACAUUUACGCGACUUGUAAAUGGGUAACGAGGAACGUAUCUCACAAGCGCUUUCAAUAUGACAACGGAUUGAAACUCUUCUUGGAAAAGGAAGAUAUGGAGAGGCUGUACGACUUCGAAGAAGAGUGUGUUGAAGGAUAUUUUAGAGAACAGGAAGUUAAGUUGUCUAAUUCAUUAGAGGAACGAGUGAGGAACACAACGGAUAGAGUUGAACAUAUCACGACUAAAAUGGAAGACUUAAAUCAAAAAGCUAAUUGCCAAAUACAGUCGGUUCAGAGUGUAGAAUUUAGGUUAAGAAAGCUGGAGGACGUCGCGGAACAAACUAUGAAUCAUUUAGCUGUGAUACAUCGGUUCAUGGCCACGCACCCGUCUCUGGUAAAUAGAGGGUCCACAGACACCCUGGGACCACCCCCUCCGACAUUCCAAGCUAGCGGGGCGAGACUUCGAACUGCUAGUGAUAGAUCCGAGGUGCUGUCGGACAGCGACACAGGUGUGGCGCGCUUCACCGUCCGCCCUGUCCAGGAGGAGGAUGAAGUCUCGCACCCCUCCGACGAUGAAUUACCACCGUCGGGCCCAGAACCUGUGGUCGAGAAGGAACCCGAAGCUGACUCAAUAUCUACUUCGUCUGGUGGAAGUGUAGCAGGGCCUGAGGUGACUGUUAUCAAACCAACCGUUAUCACUCCAGCACGACAGAGAUCUUCGGACAGCAAUAGAACUGAGCCCAGCGAUGAUAAGAAAGUGCCUUCAUCAACUGACGACGCCUUCCUACCGGAAGUGCGGGAAAUUCCACCGGACAACACUCUGCGCCCGCGCACCACUUCCGCUGGCACUCGGCGGACGGCUAACGCACGAAGACGAUCGGAAGGAGGUAAUGAUUGUGGUAUGGGAGGGACAUAUUCUACUCAUCAUUUGGCACCACGGAGGCAGCACAGCCAAACUCAUUCUGAACCGGAUAAUUCCGCUGUCGACGCCAGUUCCGUACAUAACUCUGUGACAGGUCGCCAAUCAGGAUGGGAGGCUACAGGUGGUGCUGCUGGGGCCCCAUCAGGUCGUUCUCGUGUCGGUGGAGCACCACGUUCUCUUCUACUGGCCAUGCAUGAGUACACCAGCAUUACUGAUGAGCUAGAAACUGUCUAUGGGUUAUUCUCACCACCACAUACGCCGAGAACACCGAUCGCCACUCGUCUCUUAUCACCCGCCCGACCAACAUCACCGUCCGUCCGUCGCCGCCACGCCAGCGAAAUGUCGAACCCAGAAUUCGCUCUAUUCAUGGAGAAGGAACACCUUCGUGGCGCAGAAGAAGACGAUUACAUAAUCAUGGAGAACCUAAUACAGCGUCGCCUAGAAAUGGAGUCUGUCCUGGGCAGAUACGAGGAGGAGGAGAAUGGGGGUGAGGGUGAGGUGAGCGGCAUUAGCAUUAGUGUAUGCGUCAACACCAGCGGUGAAGACACACAGGUGCAGCCGCCGACUACCACCAGCUCCGCACUCCUUUCUGUCCAUGAUAGACGGCUACCACAUCAGAGGCAUUCACUUCGUCGUUCGUCAGCGAUUGACAGCCGCGAGUUACCAUCACCAUUGCAACCUUUGCUCGGCGAUGACACCUGCGGAGAAGUACUGCUUCCAGUCCCAAGGCAACCGUCAGGCGACACAAACGCAUCAAGCGACCUAUCCUUAUCGCACAUGGUCAGCGAGAACCUACCACCACGGCCGUCCAUAGUCCUGGACUCUUCACAGUUACCACGACAACGGUCUGCUGAACAGCCGCAGCAGCCGCAGCCACCGGGUCCAUCUAGACCAGAGACUAUGUGUUAA